UAUAGGUAUUUGUGUAUGUAUGUAUGUAUGUUGUACAUGGAUAAACAUACUUAUAUUAAUCAACGGAAAGGUAUAUCAUGCAGAAAAUGAAAUGAAGCGAAGAAGAAUUUUCAUUGUCCUUGUGGCUUUGGCUGUAUACGUUGCUGAUGCUGGAAGAAGAAAGCGAGACUUAAACCAGUUUAGUCGGAUGAUCUACUUGACAACUGGUCGUGACCCAUUUGACCUUAGUGACUACGGAAACUGGUGUGGUCUAGGCGGAAACGGAAGUGUGGUGGAUGCAAUUGAUGAGUGUUGUUUCCACCACGAUAACUGUUAUGAUGAAAUUAUAGCCGAUCCUCUGUGUGGGAAUGUGUAUACAUUAAAAUACAAGUCUGAAAUCAAAAAAGGGACAGUCGAAUGUAACGACGACCGUCCUUGCCACAAAGCUCUGUGUGACUGUGACAGAACGGCGUCCUUCUGUUUCCAUGACAACCGAGCAGCCUACAACAAGGCUCACAAAGGCGUGUUCGCAAAAAUCAUGUCAAAGUUAACGAAAAGAUUCUAUGAAUAAAAUUUUU